GUUACAGGAGACUUGCUUUCAACUGAGACACGUCCAUCCAUUUGUGACGUAUUUGUAUUCUUUUUUUUUUUUUUUUUUUGAGAAGCAAGCGUGUGUAUGGUUAGUUUGGUGGAAAAUGUAGGUUUGUUGUGAAAGGCAAUGCAAACCGGACGGUUAUCAUCUUUUGUGCUCACACCUUUGUCAGUUUGAGAAGUGCGUGGAGCUUCCUUCAGCGUUCGGAGAACUUUGGUGAUUCCUCGGGCUGCUGAGAUUUCCAGACAGUUCCUGCAGUGAACAGGAAGACACUAAACCAAGUCGCAGAGCUCACUUUUGCAGCCCUGCAGACCAGAUUUUGAGGUGCUUCAUGCAAGAGGACAAUCCUUUCUCAAUCAUCUCUGCACAAUGAGGAGCUACUGGGACAAGGUGUUUGGGCUCUUCUUUGCAGUGUUACUGCAGUUCUGCCCGGGUGGACUGCCCCUUGAGAUCUCCCCCAAUAAUGCGGAGGUGAUCCUGGCCGCCAACUCGUCCCUGGAGGUGGUGUGCUCCGGCUGGACCGAGGUGACGUGGAGGACACCGCACGAGUCCGUCGAUGGCGUGGAGGUGGACGACCAGGGCACGUCCAGCGUGCUGCGGCUGACCAACGCCACGUGGAUGCACACAGGGCUGUAUGUGUGUGAGGAGCAGGCCGCACACGAGGCCAAGGAGGUCUCUGUGUUCGUGCCAGACCCUGAGGUGUGGUUCGUCUCCUUGCCGUCAACGCUGGUGAUGAAGGAAGGCGUGGAGGCCACCAUCCCCUGCGUGGUCACGGACCCUCGCAUCAGCGUCACCCUGUACGAGAAGACCAGCCAGGCGGUCGUCCAGGCCCGGUACCGGCCCAGCGAGGGUUUCACCGCCGCCCUCAACGACACCUCCUACAUCUGCAGAGGGCUCCUGGAAGGCCAGGAGAAGGAGUCUCGCGUCUACUACGUCUUCAGCAUCGUAGUUCCAGUAAGCAUGGAGGCCUUCAUAACGGCUUCUAAGACUGUUGUGAAAGAAAGCGAGCCGCUGACGGUGAACUGCACAGUGAAAGGAGCAGAGAUCGUGCUCUUUGAGUGGGAAUACCCUCGAGAGGAGAAAACACUUGAGCCACUGACGGAUUUCCUGCCCAGUCGAGGCAGUCUACGUUCCUGCCUGACCAUUCCCAACGUCACUCUUCAGGACUCGGGCAGCUACGUGUGCCGUGUCCAAGACACCAUGGAGGGUCACAUGGCAGUGGACAACAUCACCAUCACAGUGUUACAGAGGGGCUACGUUCGACUGGAUGCAGAUCUUGAGGUAAACAUCUCGGCCCAGCUCAAUGAGAAUGUGGAACUCUACGUGCCCAUUGAGGCGUACCCAGAUCCCCAGGUGAUCUGGACCAAAGACAAUGAGACUCUCACUCUCUCAGACUCUGUGACAGUCGACACGAGGAAAGUGCAUGGCACCAGUUAUGUGAGUGUUCUGACUCUAGUGAGAGUUCGAAUGGAGCAGAACGGCCUCUACAAAGUCAGUGUCACAAAUGAGGACGAUUCCAAGGAGGUAACCUUUGAAGUGCAGGUCAAAGCGCCCCCGCAGAUCAAGGAGCUGUCGGACAUCCACAUGGACAAAGGGCACGGGGUGCUGUGCUCAGCCGAGGGGGUCCCCACGCCCACCAUCCACUGGUACAGCUGUCACAUCUCACAGAGAUGCAGCAACAAAACAACCCCUUGGCAGCUUCUUAUCCACGACCCUGAAAACGUGGACAUCCAGACGAACGUCACUGAGGUGACUGGCCGCGGCAAGAGCCGCGUGCGCAGCGUGGUGACAUUCCAGCGCUUGGGCGACAUCACGUCCGUGCGGUGUGAGGCUCGAAACGACCGAGGCCGCAGAGCCUGGGACAUCAAACUGGUGUCUAACUCUCUUUCCUCUCAAGUGGCUGUGAUGGCUGCAGUGCUGGCCUUGGUGGUCAUUGCAGUCAUUUUCCUCAUCAUCCUAAUAGCUGUUUGGAGGAAGAAACCUCGCUAUGAGAUCCGAUGGAAGGUGAUUGAGUCUGUGAGUUCCGAUGGCCAUGAGUACAAAUACAUGGACCCUAUGGCUCUGCCUUAUGAUUCCGUUUGGGAAGUACCCCGUGACAGCCUUGUGUUGGGUCACACUCUGGGGUCGGGGGCCUUCGGCAGAGUCGUCGAGGCCACUGCGUACGGCCUGGGCCACUCCCAGUCCACCACUAAAGUGGCCGUGAAGAUGCUGAAGUCUACAGCAAGGAGAAGUGAGACUCAGGCUCUGAUUUCUGAACUCAAGAUUAUGAGUCACUUGGGGCCCCAUCUGAAUAUCGUCAAUCUGCUGGGCGCGUGCACAAAGCGAGGUCCUAUCUACCUCAUAACGGAGUACUGUCGCUAUGGUGACCUGGUGGACUACCUUCACCGGAACAAGCACACCUUCCUACAGUACUACACUGACAAGAACCGCAGGGACACCGAAAUGUGCCGAGAGAAUGCAGAUGGUGCUGGCACCACUCAGGGCAAAAGUGAGUCUGAUGGGGGCUACAUGGACAUGACCAAGGAGGACUCACUGGAAUAUGUGCCUAUGCAAGAACUAAGUGAUAAUAUCAAAUAUGCAGACAUCGAACCGUCAGUUUAUGAAACACCCUACCAACAAGACAACUACCAGGGGCAAGGCCAAGAGAGGUCCCUGGCGAUCAGUGAUUCACCCAUUCUGACCUACAUGGACCUGGUGGGCUUUGGCUUCCAAGUGGUCAAAGGAAUGGAAUUCCUGGCAUCCAAAAAUUGUGUUCACCGAGACCUUGCUGCCAGAAACGUGCUGAUCUGUGAAGGGAAGCUUGUGAAGAUCUGUGACUUUGGGCUAGCGAGAGACGUCAUGAAUGAUUCCAACUACGUCUCCAAAGGCAAUACGUUCCUGCCCCUGAAGUGGAUGGCUCCAGAGAGCAUAUUCCAGAAUUUGUACACCGGCAUGAGUGACGUUUGGUCUUUUGGCAUAUUGCUGUGGGAAAUCUUCACACUAGGAGGAACACCUUACCCUGACAUCCCGAUGAAUGAGCAGUUCUACAACGCCUUAAAGAGGGGCUACAGAAUGACCCGACCCACACAUGCCACUGAUGAAAUAUAUGAGAUUAUGUGCAAGUGCUGGAAUGAGAAGUUUGAGAAAAGACCCCCAUUCUCUCUUCUUGGACACACUUUGGGAAACAUGGUAGCCGACAGUUACAAAAAGAGGUACUACCAGGUGAACGAAAACUUCUUGAAGAGCGACCACCCUGCCAUUGUGCGCAACAAACCGGCGCAGCCUGAGGCCAUCUCUGCAGAUGGGAACGCUCCCAGGCUUGAACCGCGCGGGGAGGAGGAGGAGGAGGAGGAGACGAGCCAGACGGGCGCUAACGUCUUCAGCGAGUACAUCGUCCCCAUCCCCGACAUCAACAGGGACGGAGCCUGUGAGCUGGAGGAUACUGCCACACAGAGCACCUCAAGCCCCCAGACUCCUGAGGACAACACCAGCACAGCGUCUGUGAGUUUGCCCGAGGCCGUUGUUGUGGAAGUGUGCCCUGCCCCCGAGGAUCCAACCGUCCGUGAUGACGCAGUCCCUUCAGAGGAAGAGGAACAAGUUCCCUCACCCGUACAAGAACCUCAAGGCGAAGAAGGAAUUGAGGAACCUUGCCCUCCCAAUACUGCCGAGGAACCUUGGAUUCCCAACGUGGCGGAGGAACCAUGUAUUCCAAAUGCUGAAGAGGAACCCUGGAUUCCCAACGUGACAGAGGAACCCUGGAUUCCCAAGGUGACAGAGGAACCCUGGAUUCCCAACGUGACAGAGGAACCCUGGAUUCCUAACGUGGCUGAGGAACCCUGGAUUCCCAACGUGGCAGAGGAAGCCUGUCUUCUCAACACAGAGGAUGGAAUGAGUGCAGGACAAGAAGGGCAACGGGAGGAAGCCUCGGACACUCCAGAAAUAGAAGAAAGUUUUCUGUAAACGUCAUGGAAACAAUUGUUGCUGAUUCAGUGAAAAGCUGUGUACCACCAAUAAGGCAAAUGCAUGUUUGAUAUGGAAAAUGGCAAGGUGCUUCAUAACAUGGGUCUCUGCCCAUUAUCUGUUCUUGUAUGUGCCAUGUGUUGCACAUUCAACCUAUAGCAUACAAAGUCAAACAAGCAAAAACAUACAGUAUGUAACCUGAUAUAAUUGCACUCAUAUACGGGCAUGAUAUUUUUUCAGGUUUAUAAUGUGCUUUUUUUUAUAUACACUCUUACGAAUGAACAUCUGCACUCACCAGAGGAAAUGCAGAUACUUGGUUUCCUUUCAGGUUUUCUGCAGCAGUAUGACAUCCACAUUGGUCUUACAGUUGCAGCUGGAAAAUACCUUUUACACAGAGUACUACUGCUUGACAAUGUUAACGUUUUUACCCAGAAACCAAGUGGCCCUGGUGGCACUUGGACUCAGCCUGUUAUCUUUGCAUAGACAGUGAUGCUGCAUAGUAUAGUUAUAUUUAGAGGACUCAGUAUUUUUGCCGUUUUAGGAAAAAAAAUGUAUCAUGUCUUAUUCUGACCAACAGCAGCUGAUGCAGUGCCUUAGUUCUACAGUUGUUUUGUCGGUGUUUCGGAGUUAUUUGUAAAUGUGCACUUUAGAAGUUUGAGUUGUAUUAGCGUUUGGUACCUCAUAAAUGUAGAGGAAAUACCUGCAUUGGAUGGAUGUUUACUUACUACUUGCGGUUUGUGAGUAAUUGUGAAGUGUGCUGUGUUGAGAGGCACAAAGAUGUAGUUUUAAGUAUUAUCUUGCUCAAGUAUCUUAAGUAAGAUAUUACACUGGUCCAAACAGAAGGGAUUUUUCAGUGCUCUGCUUCAUGCAAAUGCAAAAUAUUGUUAUAUGUAAAUGUAACUUAUAUACAUUGGAUUUCAAUGAUCCUUUAGAAGUAUAAUUUCACAUUUGACAUGGUACUACAUGGGUUUCACCAGCAUAAUCUUACUGCUUGGAGACAUACUACAUCUAUAGAGUUAAGUCUUACCAAUCAGUUAUAUAUAUAUAUAUAUAUAUAUAUAAUUAUAUAUUUAGAAUGUAACUUCCGUAAUAUGUAGUCACAUGUUACAUACAACUUUCAUAUACAUGUAUAGAUAUAUUACUGCACAACAUAACAACAUAAUGAGUGAACAAUAAAGAUAUCUACUCAGGAAAAAAGAUAUAUGAAUUUGUACUUUUUAAACAUUUCUUUGGUACACACUGUGGGGAAAUUUCCAGUAAUUGAACAAUAUCUCACCUGUUAAAUGUCUGCUCAGAACUGAGUAUAAAAAUAGAUGUUUAGCCACCCUCCCAGAGUCUGGAAGCGAUCCACUUGUUGUCCAUGACCUCUGAGGUCAACCUUCUUGGGGAGUCUGGAGUGAUAGUUUCGUUUUCUGGUUAAUAAUGACAGAUUUUUCAUUUCAUCUUGUGUAAUCCCUAAAUAGCCUGCUUAGUCCUAUAAAUAAUGGUAAGACUUUGUCUUGGACAGACUUGUUGCUCUCAUGCUCGCCUAGGAUGCUCGUGUGUUUGUAACCUGUCUCCGGCGUCGUGAAUAAAGCUUUGUACACUACCGUA